AUGCAGCUCAAAGUUUUGUCUUCAGCAUUGCUGCUGUCUCUGACCAGCACAUGCGCUGCCCAAGACACAAAUGAGAUUCCACCUCUGAUCACCGGCCUUUGGUCCGCCGAUCCCUCGGCUCAUGUUUUCGAGGGCAAGCUUUGGGUGUACCCUUCUCAUGACAUCGAAGCCAAUGUCGUCAACGGAACAGGAGGCGCUCAGUACGCCAUGAGAGACUAUCAUACAUACUCCAUGAAGUCAAUUUACGGAAAAGACCCCGUUAUCGACCACGGCGUCGCUCUCUCAGUCGACGACGUUCCAUGGGCCAAGCAGCAAAUGUGGGCUCCUGACGCAGCCCACAAGAACGGCAAAUACUACCUGUACUUCCCCGCCAAGGACAAGGAUGAGAUCUUCAGAAUUGGAGUUGCUGUCUCCAACAAGCCCAGUGGUCCUUUCAAGCCUGACAAGAGCUGGAUCCCUGGCACCUUCAGCAUCGAUCCAGCUAGCUAUGUCGACACUGACAACGAGGCAUACCUGAUCUGGGGCGGUAUCUGGGGCGGUCAACUCCAAGCAUGGCAGGAUAAGAAGAACUUCAACGAGUCGUGGAUUGGAGACAAGGCUGCUCCAAACGGCACUGCUGCUCUGUCUCCUCAGAUUGCCAAGCUGAGCAAGGACAUGCACAAGAUCACCGAAACACCACGCGAUCUCGUCAUUCUGGCACCCGAGACGGGCAAGCCUAUUCAGGCUGAGGACAACAAGCGACGAUUCUUCGAGGGACCUUGGGUUCAUAAGCGCGGCAAGCUGUACUACCUCAUGUACUCCACCGGCGAUACUCACUUCCUUGUCUACGCCACUUCCAAGAACAUCUACGGUCCUUAUACCUACCAGGGCAAGAUUCUCGAUCCUGUUGAUGGGUGGACUACUCAUGGAAGUAUUGUUGAGUACAAGGGACAGUGGUGGCUUUUCUUUGCUGAUGCGCAUACCUCUGGAAAGGAUUACCUUCGACAGGUUAAGGCUAGGAAGAUUUGGUAUGACAAGAAAGGCAAGAUCUUGCUUCAUCGUCCUUAG